AUGGAGGGUGUCAAUAUCUAUGAGCUCGUCGAGCGACUCGGCAGCGACGAAGAAUCGGUGCGCAAAAUGGCAGUCUUCAAGCUUCAAUCGGCGAUUGGUGACCCGUCGUUUGCAGACGUGCUCAUCGCCGAAGGCGGACUUCCCAGACUACGGGCUCUUGCGCUACGCUCGACAGGAAACACCCUCGCGUACACGCUCACAGCGUUGUCCAGGAUGCUAGAGCUAGACAAAGGGUGGGAGGCGGUUUCAGAUGAUCUAAUCACACGCAUUGUCGAGCUCGUUGUCGCGCAACCCCUCGUAAACGUGAACCGCGGUGCCAUGUCUGUCCUUGCUGCGAUAGUCUCGAAUCCCCACAGUCGACGUGCCUCCACGGGCUCUUCUGGGUUCCAGAGGCUCAAACCUGCCAUCGAUCUCCAUCCACAAUUCCUUCCCAUGCUGGUCGAGAAGAUCUCGUCGGCCGACCACGCGCUGUGUGCAAACUCCCUACAAUUGAUCAAUUCGUUGAUGAGAGAUGCUGUCAGGAAUGAGGCUGAUACGGAGUGGCCGCGCUUCAUCAAGCAACUACAAGAGCUUGGUGUGAUCAAGUCCGUGUAUGGGCUCAUGCAGAGCUCUGCUGUGCAGGAUCUGGCCCAUCCACUUCUGGAAUUUCAGUCCCUGACCAAGAUAUUACUCCGUAAAUGGAGGGAGGAAGCCGUAGAUCUAGAAAAGGCCGAUCAUCGUAGGGCGCUGCGUGGCAUACACAUUGCCAGUAAUGCUGGGCACGCGGAAGUGCCAGACAACUCCAACGACAGUCAGAAGAACCAGACAGAGAAAUGGCGAAGGCUAGGGUUCGAGACGGAAGCGCCGCAAGAAGACUUUGGCUCCACAGGCUUUCUUGGUCUCAUGGACCUGACUGACUACGUCUACAAGAACGAAGAUGGCUUCCAGAAGAUAUUGCUGGAGCAGGCAACAGAGCAAGUUGAGAGAAGGUGCCCACUUGCAAGAGCGAGCCUGUCCGUGACUGCGGUGCUGUUCGAACACUUUGAGGCCGAGAAAGCGGAGGCGGAUGAGGGCCGCUACAAUCUAGAAUCGAGAGCCAACUUUGACAGGCUGUUCAGACCGCUCCUGUUACAUUGGUCAAGGCUACAUACCAGCGGCUUGAAUGCGUUUCUGAGGCUAUGGAAGGCCACUAGUGCAGAGGUGGAGGACUUUGACAAGAUCGUAGAGCUUGUGCGGAUCCUGAUUGAACAGGUCGUCGGGCAGGCUCCGCGAGUGAUGGAAGUCAAGGAUGUUGAGGACGAGCUGGCACGCUUCGAUUGCCAACGACUGAGAGAACUCCAAAUGGAGCUUCUGGAGCUGACAUAUGAGGAUGCAUGGGGACAUCACUUGCGGCAAGUACGUGAGGAGCUGAAUCACGAAGCGCUACAAUUUGUCAAGGAGCAGAGGAUCAGAUGCCUCCUGGAGGGCUCCUGGUUCCCGCAACAUAGCAACUACUCAUCAGACAGCGGGCCCAUUACGAAGCAAUACCUUCACCACAAAAGCUCUCCAUCGUCAUGGCGAUACGUCCGACUGUCGCACAAUAGGCGCUACCUCCACUAUGCAGACUUCUCCGCAGCCUCCACCUUCAAGCCCCAACUCGACGCUCUUGUGGAGAAGAUCGAUCUCUCCAUCGUGUCGUCCGUCGUCUCCAACGUCUCCGCCUCGGCCCCAAACACCGCAUCCAGCAUCUCCACCAUCAAGGACGCGGCCUCGCCCACGCAAGCAAGCACGACGUCUGCCAAGAUUACCAUCCACGGCUACAUCGCGGACGGCGUCGGCGGCCAAGAAGAAGCCGUCCUGUUGCAGCUCCAUCCCAAGACGCACACCCUGGCGUCCGAGUGGCUGGACGGCCUGCUCAUGCUGCUGAACCAGCAACCGAUCACGGCAGACACCAGCAAACUCGUCAACCUGAUCGGCGGCUACGGCCUUAAGAUCAGGCUGUUGAACGUCAGACAUGAGGAUGUCGGCCUGGAGGAGCCGGUGCUGCCGAGCCGCAAGGACCUGGACGACGACUACUACUACGACAUUGGCGGCAUGGACGCAGCGUGA